AUGAACAGCGUCAAGAUGGAAGAGGACAAUGCUGGACAAGUUGACAGCGCCAGUAUAGCCGGUCCAUCCACAUCCACAUCCACAUCCACAUCCACAUCCACAUCCACAUCCACAUCCACAUCCACACUCACACUGCCGCCCAUCAAGCAAAGAUUCAAGCCUACGCUGCACCUCACCCAGCAGCCCGUCGCUCCACCGGUGGAUCAGCGCAUCCUGGAUGAAGCAGCAGCUCAAGCCGCCGCCUCGGCAGCCGGUUUCGAAGGCUUUCGACGCACGCGACGUUUCAAUCAGCGUCGAACGGUCGACUAUCACGCUUCUCAAAGAUUAUCUCGACUGGUGCGAUCUUUGCGCACAAAUGCUAGAGCGGACAAGUGUGUGAUGCCCAGCACGAAUCACGUGGUGGAUAUCUUGCCGCCGGACAUGUAUGCGCUGGGCAAUGGGUGCGCUGAAGAGGAUGCGGUGGGCAUGGCCGUCACGACGAACCUGGUGCACACCAGCACCAACAAGAUUCGAUGUCCCGUCAAUGUGGUGUGUUGGCAACCAGAAGGCAGAAGAUUGCUUACAGGUUCGCAAUCUGGCGAAUUCACCUUGUGGAAUGGCUUGACUUUCAAUUUCGAGACCAUCUUUCAAGCUCACGAUGCGGCCAUUCGAUCGGUGCAGUAUUGCAAAUCGGGUCAAUUUCUAAUCUCUUCGGAUCAAGGUGGUGUGAUCAAAUACUUUCAAUCCAACAUGAACAACAUCCAAGCCAUACCUGCGCACAGGGAAGCCGUCAGGAGUCUCAGCUUCAGUCCAGACGAUGCCAAGUUCGUCAGCGCUUCCGACGAUUCCACCUUGAAGAUUUGGGCCUUUGAUGAGGCGAGGGAGGAGAAGACGCUCAAGGGUCACGGAUGGGAUGCCAAGUGCGUAGCGUGGCAUCCAUUCAAAGGUCUGCUCGUCAGCGGCGGCAAGGAUAAUCUGAUCAAGUUUUGGGAUCCAAGGAGCGCAAAUUGCUUGGCAACGUUUCACGCGCACAAGUCUACGGUGCAGCAAGUAGCUUGGAGCAACUUUGAAGCCAACAUGGUGGCUAGCGCGAGUACGGAUCAGACGGUGAAGCUGUACGAUGUUCGCAUGAUGAAAGAGUACGCUUCGUUCAAGGGUCACCUCAAAGAAGCUUGUUCCCUCGCCUGGCAUCCCUCUCAGCGACAUUUGCUGGUAUCGGGAGGUGGAGAUGGUUCGCUGCUUUAUUGGAGCACCUUGUCCACCCACAAUAUUCCAGCUUCAUCUUCUCAAGCCAUCUACGCGCAGGAACAAGCGCACGAUUCCAACAUUUGGUCCAUCGCUUGGCACCCCUUGGGUCAGAUUUUGGCUACUGGCUCCAACGACCACACCACCAGGUUCUGGGAACGCUCUCGGCCGGAAGAUGGAAGGCGAGAGGAGGCGCAGGGAGGAGCUGGCGAUGCGAGUGCGAGUGCGAGUGCUGCUGGAGCAGACAAGAAGGAGAUGAUGAAGAGGAAGGCUAGAAGCGGUGGGGAAGAUUGGGAUGGUGAGGCGUUUCGAAUGAGGCGUGCGGGCGAAAAGAUUGAUCAGGCUCCCACUUCGCUAUGCUGAUCAUUUGUUCAACCCUGUCCUCCCUCUUUUCUUUUCUUUUGGCCUUGCUUGCAGACGAUUUCAUUCCCGGUCUUACCUCUGCUGCCAGAAGAGGAGGAGGAGGAGGAGGCGACGGUGGCGCGAUGCACAACAACGCACCUCCAUCGCACUUUUCUCAAAGUUUAGGUUUCAACCAUCUUGCUGCGCGCUCGGACGAAUCCUACAACGCUGGUGCUGCUGUUGGCGAACGAUACGUGCCGCCUCCUCGAGAAGGUGGGGCGUCGGGCGGAGGAGGAGGUGCGGGUGGACACUCUUAUGGUUAUGCUUCUGGUGCGAGCGCGGGUGCAGGGGCAUACGCUUCCGAUGUGACGUAUCCUCAUCAUCAUCAUCAUCAUCAACAACAGCUACAGCCCCUACCCGGAUUCGCGCCUUCGAAGGUGUAUGCAGGUUGGAACGACGCUACACUUCACGCAGCAGCAGCGGGAGCGGGAGCGGGAGGCUACGGGGCGCAUGCGCAGGGAUACGCGCAGACGCAGACGAAAUCGUCUGCUGCUGCUGCUGCUGCUCCUGCUGCUCCUGCGCUGACCGGUGCUAAUGCGGGCGUGAUGCCGGGCAGCGGCUGGGGAGCUAGAGCUGCUGGAAAUGGAAAUGGAAAUGCGUCAACGGGAGCGGGAGGGGGAGGUAGGCAAUGGUGA